UCUGCUCUGAGCUACCAGACCCUGCCAGGAGCUCCAGGCCCGGCUGGGUCCCAUCCCUUUGGAGUAGCACCUUCAGACUCGGCUAGGAAGCACCUAACUCCAGUGGUCAAGGGAGACAUGGAGGAGAGAGCUGCUCAGCGGGAGCAGGAGAGACCCAGUCUUCGUCUGGAAAAGCUACAGCACUGGGCAAGAAACAGGCAGAGUGGGCGCCUCUUGGUGCUGGCGGUGAGCCAGCUAUGGCUGGCAGUGGCUGUGGUGCCCUUUGCUGUCUCCGUUGCCUGCCUGAACUCUGCUUGUCACAUGGCCACAGCACUACCACUUGGGCCCGGAGCACUGGGUCUCCUCACUGGGACUGUCACCCUUGAGCUGCGCAGAGCACCCCGCCUCUGGAAGGUGCAGGCCACAAUGAUACUCAACAUCUUCAGUCUGAUCUUGGGCUUCAUCGUGGUGGCCGUCGAAGUGAUGAAGACAGCCUUGGGGCCUGCCCCAGCUGCCCCCUCCCAGCUGGCUGGCUUGCUGGUGGUGGAGCUCAGCACCGAGGCCUUCACCCUGGGGGGAGUGCUAGUCUCUGCAUACUCGCUAUUCCUGCUGAGCUGGAGGAAGCCAGGAUGCUGCAGGAGCCGGAGUCUGCACUACCAGGAGCUGCAGGAGGGUCUCUCUGAGUUGGAGGAAGUUGCCGCUUUGGAGAACGGUCCCACGGUGGCUAGCACAGCAAAUGCAACGAAUGACUGAGCUGGCAAGGGGAGACCGACAAGUGCUGCUCCACUAACCCGGCAGGAGCGUUCUCCAGACCCUCCUGCCCCCACUCCACAGAACUCAGAAGCUGGAUGGAGUCCUCUGAGACCUCCAUGAAGUCCGGGGGAGUGCCUUCCGUUUUCAUCCAGACGAGGCCCCCUGCUCUUCCC